AUGAAUAAUUCAAUGAAAGAAAUUACAUUUUAUAUAAAAGAACAUCCUGAAUUCAAUACAUUCAUAGGUAAUAUAUAUAAAUCAAAUGAAUUAUUUAAUAGUAGUUUUAUAAGUAGUAUACAAUUAGAAACAAUCAAUUUUAAAUAUUCAAAAUGUUUUCGUAUUGAUCGUUAUACUGGUAAUUUAUAUACAACUAUUGAUGCUAAAUAUUUAUUAGAUAAUGAAAAAAUUUGUAUUAAAAAUAAAAAUUCUAAAAUUAUAUUUAAUCAAUUCUAUCAUAAUAUAACACAAUAUUGUUCAAUUCAUCUUAUUAUUACAAUUAAUCAUCGUUUAUUAAUAUCGAUUAUGAUACAAAUUGAAGAUAUUAAUGAUAAUUCACCAAUAUUUCUAAAUGAUGAUCGUCACCAUAGUGAUAAUAAUACAGAAAUAAUUUAUAUUAAUGAAACAGCUUUACCGGAAUAUACUAAAAUUCCAUUGAAACCAGCUUAUGAUCCUGAUUUUAAUGGAUAUAAUAAAUUAUAUUAUUAUUUAACACUUAUUAUAGAUCCUGAACAAAAGAAACAACAAUCAUUAGUUCAAUCUAUGAAUAUUCAUAAUCCAUUUCGUCUACAUAACAAUGAUGAUAAUGAUAAUGAUAAUGAUGAUGAUGAUGAUGGUAUAAUAACCCAUUUCAAUGAAUCCUAUCAAUCAAAUAAUUUAUAUCUUAUAUUAAUAAAGCCAUUAGAUUAUGAAAUUCAAUCAGAAUAUCAAUAUAAUUUGACUGUAUGUGAUAAUCGAUUAAAUCAAUUAUCAAUUAUUGAUUUAUAUAUCAUACAUUGUACAUGGAAAUUAAUAAAAAUUUAUAUUAAUAAUAUGAAUGAUGAAUUACCAUGGUUUCAACAAACGAAUUAUUCUAUUAUAAUACAUGAAAAUUUUUUAAUUGGUAAUGAAAUAAUAAAAAUGACAGCUAGAGAUAAUGAUUCUAUACCAUAUAAUAAUAUAAAAUAUCGUUUAAUACCUAGUCAUGAUAUGAUUUUAUUAAAUAAUGAAAAUUUAUUUCAUAUAGAUACGAAUACUGGGAUAAUAAUACUUAAUCAAUCAAUAAAAAAACCUGGUAUCUAUCGAUUUUUAGUUGAAGCAUAUAAUGAUGAUUAUAUUUAUAAUCAUAUUCAUAAUAAUAAUAAUAAUCAAUAUUUAUCAACAAUCGAUCAUCUAUCAUUGAUUAGAAAUGAUUCAAUGAAAGAUUAUAAAAAUAUUGCCAAUGUACAAAUUCAUAUUAUUGAUGUCAAUAAUCAUGCACCAAAUAUAGAAAUUCAACAAACUCAAGAUACUUUAAUAUACUACUUAAAUAAUAAUAAUAAUCAUACUAUUCAACAUAUCAAUAAUUCAAAAUUAAUUUUAUUAAAAAUUCCAGAAACAUUAUCUCUUAAUACACCUAUAGCAUAUUUUAAAAUUACUGAUAAUGAUGAAUUAGAUAAUGCUGAUAUUAAAUGUCAUUUAAUUCGAUCCAAUGAUAAUGAUCCAUUUAUUUAUACUUAUUAUGAUAAUCAUAAAAACCAAUAUGAAUUAGAUAUGUUUCAAUUAAUAUUUGUAAAUCGUAUUAGUGAUAAUACAAUUAUUAUUAAAUUAAUUUUAUCGAAAAAUUUAGAUGCAGAAAAUUUAUCAAAAAAUUUAUUAUUAAAUAAUAAUAUGAAAUUGACUUUUGAAUUAGAAUCCAUUGCUGGUUACUAUGGUUUAUUAUUUAGUUGUCAUGAUGAUGGUAUACCACAAUUAACUACAUCUAUACCAAUUAUUAUAGCGAUAUAUGAUAUUGAUGAAUAUUAUCCAAAUAUUAAAUUUAUCAAUACAUCAUUAUGUAAUACAUGGCAACUAAAAUCAUCCAUAAAUCAUUCAUAUAUAUAUGAUAUAAAUAUCAAUGAAAAUAUACCAAUUCAUUCACAAAUUUUAACAUUAGAUGCAAUUGAUGAAGAUAUAACAUCGAAAUUACAAUUUAUACAACAAACAUCAAAGUUAUCCAUACCAUUUAGUAUUGAAAAAUAUAAUGGAAUUAUAACCAAUAAUGAUUUAAUUGAUUAUGAAUAUAAUAAUUAUUAUCAAAUGUAUAUUAGUAUCUAUGAUGAAAAUAAUUUACAAAAAUCACUUGUUACUAAGGUAUUAAUUAAUAUAUAUAUUAAAGAUUUAAAUGAUAAUUCACCAGAAUUUAUUAUAUCACCAUUAAAUGAUAUACAAUAUGAUAGUAAUUCAUUUAUAGAACCAAUUCAAUAUCAUAUGAAUAAUUUACGAAUUAUUGAAUUAGAAGAAGAAUUAAUACAAACUAAACCAAUAGGUUAUGUUAAAGCCAUAGAUCGUGAUACUGGUAAAAAUGCUGAAAUUAUAUAUUUUAUUGCAGAAAUUUCAUAUCAAUUCAAUAAUACAAAUCAAAUUGUCAAUGUUAUUAUCAAUCAAACAAUGAACGAAAAACAAAUAUUGAAUACACCAAAAUUAUUAAUCGAUUCAAAUGGUGCUUUAUGGUGUGAAAAUAAAUUAGAUAGAGAAAUAACACCAAUGAUUGAUUUAUUGAUUGGUGCACAUGAUCUUGGUGAACCUAAAUUAACAUCUUAUACAAAAAUUCUUUAUGUACCAAAAUCAAUAACUAUUGGUAAAGUGAUUACUAGAAUACAUGCUAUUGAUAAAGAUGAAUUAACUAAAAAUGGUCAUAUUACUUAUUAUAUAUAUAAUCCAAAUAAUAAUAAUACAAUACAUAAAUCUAACUUGGAUAUAAUUUCACAAAAUAUUAUUUCACAAUUUUUUAUAUUAAAUUCUAAUUCAGAUGGAUUUCUUGAUAUUUGGUUUAAAGCUAAAGAUAAUGGUAAAAUACCUAGAUAUUCCAUUGCAAAAUUAGUAUUAUACAUAACUACUAUUAAUAAUAAUCAUGAUCAUUUUUUAAAUUUGGAUAAUCCACAAAAAUUAAUUAGUUACUAUGAAGAAAAUAAAAAUACUAAAGAUAUUACUAUACAAUUACAUUCCAUGGGAAAUUUCAAUGAGAUUCUUCCUAUGAAAAUGAAUUUGAAUUCAAAUCAUGUAUAUAUCACUACAACACCAUUCUAUAAGAAUAAUAUUAAAACAUUAUCAUUAUUAAUUAGUGGUUCAAUUGUUGGUAUCAUUAUUAUUAUUAUAUUCUUAAUAUUAUUUAUUAUAUGUUUUAAAUAUAAUUCAUAUUAUCAUAAUCAUAAUCCGAAUGUAAAAUGUAAUUCCAUGACACAAAUCAAUACAAUAGAAUGUAGUAAUAAUGUAUCAAUGAAAUUAACGAAUAGUAACUAUGCUAAAGAGAAUCAUUGUCCGGAAUCUAAAUUAAAUUAUGAAACAUUACCAACUACCUCAAAUAUGAAAUUAAUGAAUAAUAAUAAAAAUAAUGAAGAAAAUCAAUGUCAUGAUCAAAUAAAUAAAGAAUUAGAAAACCAUAAAGAGUUGAAUAGAUCCAUUAAUACAUCAUUAUCCAUUAAUGAUACGACUAUUCAAACUUAUAUACCAAUGAAUUUCAUGAGAAAUUGUAAUGAAUUACAUUAUUCACCGAUUACAUCAGUGAUUGAUAUAUCCGAUAAAAUUCCAAUACAUUUGCUACAUGUAUCAAAUGAUACUUUUGCUGUACCAUUAUGUAUGACACAUGAUAUUACAACUAGUAAUCAUCAUCAUAAUAAUUAUUGUCAUAAUCAUAAUAAUAAUAAUGAUUAUACUACUAUUGAACAUAAUAAUAAUCAUGAAGAAGAACUAACAACACAUCCUCUUACAAUUGUUGCUACAGUUGUAUCAACAGAUAAUAUUAAACAAGGUUUAUUACCAAUUUUAACAGAACAAUCAAAUAAUAAUAAUAAUAUAGUUGAUAUUACAAAUAAUAAAUUAUAUGAAAGUGAUCAUUUUAUGAAAUUAGAAGAUUUAACACAUUCCGAUGCAUAUUACACUACAUACACUCCUUGUUUAUUGAGUACAACUGAUGAAAAUACCUCAUGA